AUGGAGAUCGGGGGUCCCAGGGAGCCCGGGGUGAUGGGGGUGCGUGGGAUCCGGGAUGACGUGGCUUUGCUUCCAGGUGACUUCUGCGAAGUGAACCACUGUCAGAAUGGGGGCACCUGCCUGACCGGGAUUAAUGAGGCCCCUUUCUUCUGCAUCUGCCCCGAGGGCUACGUUGGAAUUGACUGCAAUGAGACAGAGAAAGGCCCCUGCCACCCCAAUCCUUGCCACAACAAUGGUGAGUGCCAGCUGGUCCCAAACCGGGGGGACGUCUUCACUGACUACAUCUGCAAGUGCCCCGCGGGGUACGAUGGGGUGCACUGCCAGAACAACAAGAAUGACUGCUACUCCCAGCCUUGCAAAAAUGGAGGUACCUGCCUAGACCUGGACGGUGACUAUGCCUGCAAGUGUCCUUCUCCAUUUUUGGGGAAGACCUGCCACAUCCGCUGUGCAGUUCUCCUGGGCAUGGAAGGAGGAGCCAUCUCCGACGCCCAGCUCUCGGCAUCCUCUGUCUAUUACGGCUUCCUCGGCCUCCAGCGCUGGGGACCAGAGCUUGCCCGCCUCAACAACCAGGGCAUCGUCAAUGCCUGGACCUCCAGCAACUACGACAAGAACCCCUGGAUCCAGGCCAACCUGCUGCGGAAGAUGCGGCUGACCGGGGUCAUCACGCAAGGCGCUAGCCGCAUGAGCAAAGCGGAGUACGUCCGGGCCUACAAAGUCGCCUACAGCCUGGAUGGGCGGGAGUUCACCUUCUACAAGGAUGAGAAGCAGAACAUAGACAAGGUUUUCCAGGGGAACGCGGACCAUGGCACCAUGCAGACCAACAUGUUCAACCCUCCCAUCACCGCCCAGUUCGUCCGCAUCUACCCCGUGAUGUGCCGCCGCGCCUGCACGCUGCGCUUCGAACUCAUCGGCUGCGAGAUGAACGUGUAUUUCAACACGGCAGGUUGCUCGGAGCCUCUGGGCAUGAAAUCCCGCCUGAUCUCCGACCAGCAGAUCACAGCCUCCAGCGUCUUCAAGACCUGGGGCAUCGACGCCCUUACCUGGCACCCCCAUUAUGCUCGCCUGGACAAGGUGGGCAAAACCAACGCCUGGACGGCGCUCCACAACGGCCAGUCCGAGUGGCUGCAGAUUGACCUCCGGGACCAGAAGAAGGUGACAGGCAUCAUCACGCAAGGAGCCCGCGACUUUGGACAUAUCCAAUACGUGGCAGCCUACAAGGUGGCCUACAGUGACAACGGCACAUCCUGGACCCUCUACCGGGAUGGGCAGACAAACAGCACCAAGAUCUUCCACGGUAACAGCGACAACUACUCACACAAGAAGAACGUGUUCGACGUGCCCUUCUACGCCCGCUUCGUCCGCAUCCUGCCCGUGGCCUGGCACAACCGCAUCACCCUGCGCGUGGAGCUGCUGGGCUGCGACGAGUAGGCGCCCGGGGGAGGAAGGACGGGGCUCCUCUUCCCUGCACCCUGCCCACCCCUGCCUGCUCCUGCUCUGACCUCACACCCCCCUUCUCCAUGUCCCCAAACUCAGGAGGCAGCUGGGAGGGCUCCCCUGCCCCGGGUUGGUGCUGGGGCGGCAGCACUGCACUUUAGGGGGCCCUUGCAGGUGGGAUGCGGGGAUGGCUCCAGCCCUUUUCCCCCCUCUAGCCAGGGAUGAGACCCCCUCCUGCAACUAGGGAUUGGCUGGGGGACCCCAUCCUUCAAAUGGGGCUUUGUGGGUAGACCCUCUCCUUGCAACCGGGGCUUGGCUGCAUCCUCCCAGCUAAGCCCGGAGACAAAUUUUCUCCCCUUUUUUGCUUCUGCUUCCAGCAGAGAGGCUACAGCCAGCAGCAGUCCCCUGCCUGCACUGGGGCUCGGGGCUCAGCAGUUUUGGGGGGCUUAGGGCAGGCACCCCAGGCUGGCAGCCUCCGACGUCCCUCUGGCUCCCUGCACAGCUGCAAGCAAGGACUCGGAAAAACCGACUCGGCUGUUGUCCCUUGCCCAUUUUGCCAGGCCCUGGGUCUCCUCGCCUGUGGUGUCAGCACCGCAUAGUGCAAGGGGAGUGAUGAGAUGGCUCCUAUCAAGAGGCACCGGGUCCCCAUUGCUGGUGGCUCUACCCUCCGGCCGCUCCUGGCCGGCGCCACGGUUGGCAUUCUGGCAGGCACUGCCCAUUCCCCUUCCUGGGAUGCUGGCUCCAGCGUUCUCCAACUCCCAGCACUGCCACCAUCCCCACCUUACUGCAAUUUGGGGUGCCUGGAGGUCCCUUGUCCCCAUAACGAAGCGGUGACCAAGGGGGGCUGCAAUCCGGUAGCUGGGGGGAAGACGAUUUGUAGCCACGAGGGUGCAGAGAAAGGUGGGUGGUUAAACUAGGCAGAGAUCUGUGCCAUGACCCUUUUUGUAACCUGAAUUUUUCCCUUUCCCUGGGGUGGAGGGGAGCCUCUUGCAUUGCUCGAGCCCUUGGGAUUAGCAGUAGGAGAUGAGUGAGACCCAGCGCUGGCAGGCGGGCGCGCGGGCAGGGUGCCCAGCAGCGGCACUGGCGGCCACGCUUCCCCACCUGCUGGGAUGUGGAGCGGCCGUGGGGCUGGGCUGGGGAUGGGUUUGCCUUGGCAAGUGCCGAGGGAACCCAGGUGGGAUGGUGGGGGUGGCGAUGGCCCCACUCCGGGAUGUCUCUGACAGUAUUAAAACCAGCCUGAAACUUU